UUCUUAUUUAAUUAUUCUUUCAUUAAAUAUUUAUGAAAAAAAUUAAGUAAACAGAGACAUACAAAAUAAUAAUUUUAAAAUAAUAAUAUAAUAGGCUUGUAUUGACUUUCAUUAUUCUGGCAAGAACAUAGGUGUCCUGAAAAAUAUUGUUCCCAAGUCUAAAUCCAUAAAAUACAGGGGAACUAUGAAGGCAAUGCUCGAUGCCACUUCAUCUACACUAAAUACUUGUGUUGCGUCUGCUUGAUAUCUUCUUUUAAUUGUAUUAGUUAUUUUUUAGCUGAAAUUUUGCAAGAUGUCAAUUGGAACAUGGAACCAAGAAAUAAACUGUAUGGCAGAACUUAUUUGAGGGUUAAAUAUUAAGACUAUAUGUGUAGAAACCUCAAUUGAAAACAUUUUCUAAUUAAUACUCCACUCACACUUAUUGUGUAUGUUUCUAGCAUUGUAUUGUUAUUUCUGGGAAUGUGAACUUAGGAAUGCUACUACUAGCUGCUGCUAAUGUCCUGAUGCCAAUACUCUAAUAUAAAGGUUUUUGGGAGAAUAGAUUGUUGUUACAUCAGAUUUGUGAUGCUUAGUUCUUUGAGCAAUUUGAUUCAGGUAAUUAGAUAUAGCCAUAAAAAGCCUCAGUUGUCAGUUGUUAAGUGUACUGAACAAAGAACUAUUAUCUUCCUCAAGUUAUUAGCAUUUGCUGAACUUUUGUAGAAAUUUAUGAUAGUGAUAUUUCAGUAGAGAGAGCAGUGUUAUUAAAACAGGUUUGGGUUGGUUGGUGUAACCAGCGGCAGAACUAGUUUGGGUGGCAUAUUACACAAGUUGACCUCAAGAAACAGAGUUAAAGUGGGUUUAGAGGAUCUGAAGAAGGGAGUGAGAGAGAGGAUAUUAAGGGAUGAUGAAAGGCGGCUAUCCUUUUUUUAAAGGAUUCGGGAUGUGGGGAAAAGUAACUAGGAAAUAUCUCCUUUGGAUAUUUUCUUCUUGACCAUGCUUCUUGUGAAACAGUGAAGCCUAAUACUACCUCUUUAUACUCUCUCUCUCUCUCUAUAUAUAUAUAUAUAUGUGUGUGUGCAUGCCUUUCUCCUGUCUGGUCAGGGAUGGAACCAUCAAGCUAAGAUGGAUACAAGUAGAAUUCUGUAGAUAUUUAUAAUUUAUUUUUAGAGAUGGAUAACUCAAGCACUACUGUUUAAUAAGAAAUACCCUUACUUGUUGACACCACUAAAGCUUAGCAUUAAAGAAACUUGAAACAUUCUAUUCAUUGCCUAACUUCUAGACGUGUAAUUUUUAUCAAUUAAUGAAAUUGAAGAUAAAGUUAUCUUAUGAUUUACAAUUUUGGUCUCCACUGUAUGGCUGCCUAGAGUUUAUCAAUUAAAUAAUUAUGGAUCAUGAUGUUUUCCAAUUUCCACACGUUUUGUACAUAUAAGUUUGUCCAUCAAACAACUAGGAACGGUAUGGAGUCUAAUCAAUCAAUUCAUAUUUCAUUUUUGCUUAUCCACUUUGGACUUUGCUUUUUGUGGCCUUUUAGAGGGAAAUGCAGAAAGGAUUUUCCCAUGCACUAGUGAAGAAAGAAGCAUAUUCUCAACUCAACUACCCAACAAAAGGGAUAAGAGACUGUCCGUUGAGACUUGAGAAGGCAACAGUGGAAGAGUAUACAAUGCAUGCAGGUAUGUCUCCAUUUGAGAUGCAAGACAUCUUACUGCCUUCCGGCACAAAUGGUGUUAAAGACCUACACAUUUCGGUUUCUCAUAGUAGUAGCCUAGCUCUCUUUGCUUCUCUAGGAAAGAAAUUAUCAGUGCUCAGCUUGGACAGCGGCAACCUUGUUGUCAAUUAUGACCUACAGUUUAACAGGGGUACAAGUGCCAUGCAACAUUAUGUGGCAACACGUCCAAUGUUCAUUGAUGUGGAAAUAAUGAAUGCAGACACUAAGCUGGUUCUUGGUGACCUGGCUGGCCAAGCUAGUCCUAGUAAUGUUGCUCGUGGGCUUUCCUCCUUGUACAAAGAAAUCACAGAUACUGUUCAUAAAGAAGCUGCAACAAUCACGGCCGUAUUCCCUUCACCAAGUGAAGUCAUGUCAAUUUUAGUUCAGAGAGUUUUAGAGCAGUGAAUCACUGCCCUUUUGGACAAACUGUUAGAGAAAUCAUCUCUUGUCAAUUUACCUUCCGUGGAGGAAGGUGAGCUCCUAUUAGUGAGUACGAUUAACCAAUUUCCUUCAUUAUUAUCAUCCAAGUGCCAGUUUUGACAGCAGGCUGAUGCCAAUGUACUUUGUAUUUGAUUUGAGGUUUCGGUAUCUUCGAAUGCUGGCAGUGGCGUAUGAAAAGACCUAAGAGCUAGCAAGAGAUCUACAAGCUGUAGGAUGUGGUGACUUGGAUGUUGAUGGUGUAAUGUAAGUGGUAGUCUAAGUGCUCUAGUCUUGCUUCAUGGCAACUUUCAAGCAGGACAUUUGACUCUAUUAAUUUUAUGUACCUUACCCAUCUUAGGAGGGCAGAUUGCAAUGCCAAGGUGCAUCCCUAGUUACUAAACAGGUCAUAGUCUUUCUAGUUAGGCUCUCAAAUUGGCACCCUAGAAUUGUCUUCUUAUUAGAGGUGUUCAUGUUAAACAUAUUUACCUACAGUUGAAGAUGAUAGAUAUAUAUUAAAGACUUUUACCUACAGUUAGGAGAUGUAAGUAAAAGCUAAUGACUUUUACCUACACACAAUACAUAGUAGGUAAAACCUAUAGUGACAGACAAUUAGUCAUCAUUAUACGUCUUCUCAAAGUUGAUGGAAGAAAUGUCUAUAGGACAAAGUCUAUCAUACAUUUA